CUAGGAUUGGCUGGCAGUGGGGGCGGAGCAGCCAGAGGACAAGAAGGACUGCCAUGGCCGCAGCUGCACGCACACGGGUCGCACACUUGCUGAGGCAUCUGCAAAGCACAGCAUGCCAGUGCCCAACUCACUCUCAUACUUACUCCCAAGCUCCUGGAACCUCACCUUUGGGGAAAACAGAUUACGCCUUUGAGAUGGCUGUUUCAAAUCUUAGAUACGGAGCAGGGGUUACAAAGGAAGUGGGCAUGGAUCUACAGAACAUGGGAGCUAAGAAUGUUUGCCUGAUGACAGACAAAAACCUCUCCCAGCUCCCUCCUGUGCAAAUAGUUAUGGAUUCCCUAUCAAAGAACGGCAUCAGCUUUCAGGUUUAUGAUGACGUGAGGGUGGAGCCUACAGAUGGAAGUUUCAUGGAUGCGAUUGAAUUUGCCAAAAAGGGAGGCUUUGACGCCUAUGUGGCCGUGGGCGGGGGCUCCACCAUGGACACCUGCAAAGCUGCCAAUCUGUACGCGUCCAGCCCUCACUCGGAGUUCCUUGAUUAUGUCAACGCCCCCAUUGGGAAGGGGAAGCCGGUGACUGUGCCUCUUAAACCUCUGAUCGCAGUUCCAACUACCUCCGGAACCGGCAGUGAGACCACCGGGGUUGCCAUUUUUGACUAUGAACAUAUGAAAGUAAAAACUGGCAUUGCUUCCCGAGCCAUCAAGCCCACCCUGGGCCUGGUUGAUCCCCUGCACACGCUCCACAUGCCUUGCCGGGUGGUUGCCAACAGCGGCUUCGACGUCCUUUGCCACGCUCUGGAGUCGUACACGGCCAUUCCCUAUAGCAUGCGAAGCCCCUGCCCUUCCAAUCCCAUCCAACGGCCGGCAUACCAGGGCAGCAACCCAAUCAGCGACAUCUGGGCAGUCCAUGCCCUGCGGAUCGUUGCCAAGUACCUGAAGAGGGCUGUCAAAAAUCCCGAUGAUCUGGAAGCGAGGUCUAGUAUGCACUUGGCAAGUGCUUUUGCUGGCAUUGGCUUUGGAAAUGCUGGUGUUCAUUUGUGCCACGGCAUGUCUUACCCAAUUUCAGGUUUAGUGAAGACAUACAAAGCCAAGGAGUACAAUGUGGAUCACCCUUUGGUGCCCCAUGGCCUCUCCGUGGUGCUCACAUCUCCAGCUGUGUUCACCUUCACAGCCCAGAUGUUUCCAGAGCGGCACCUGGAGACGGCAGAAAUAUUAGGAGCUGAUAUCCGAACUGCCAGGACCCAAGAUGCGGGGCCUGUGUUGGCAGAUACCCUCCGAAAAUUCCUGUUUGACCUGAAUGUUGAUGACGGUCUCGCUGCCCUUGGCUACUCCAAGGACGACAUCCCUUCACUGGUGAAAGGAACACUGCCCCAGGAGAGGGUGACGAAGCUUGCCCCCCGUGCCCAGUCAGAAGAGGAUCUGUCUGCCUUGUUUGAGGCAUCAAUGAAGCUGUACUAAUGACCACAUUGGUAAGAAGAAUCGCUAUUGGCCCCUGCAACAGAGAGCAGAAGCUGAUCAAGCUCAACCGAUGAUGCCUUUUUAUCGCCACACUUAAUUCUCCUGUUGCUGAUUCAAACGUGAUAUGAUUUUAUCCUUUGAGAGACUCCUUGGUGCUCACUAGGUAAAACCCACAGACCGCACCCCAGGGGUCAGUGUUCCUGCACCAAACCCACUCAACACUCGGCCUCUCAGUCCAUGUGCCAAAUGGGUGCAAACUGUCCAUCAAACACAGAAAUUUGUAUAGCCUAUAUUCGGACACUGAAUGUCUACAGAUUUACCCUGAAGAAAUACUACCAUUAGUGUGUAAAAAAUAUGACAAGGAUGUCUCUGACAGUACUGUUUGGGGUGAUAAAAAUUAAAACAAUCUAAA